AUGUCUCAGGUAUGUGAAAUAGAAUUUUGUCGACGUACAUCUUGUGCUCUAUGUCAUUGUUGUCAACUAAAUGUCUGCAUCAUCCAUUUAAAUGAACACAAUAAUGUACUUAAUCGUCAGUUAGAUCCUCUUAUUGACCAAAUCAAUUUAUUGGAUAAUCGUCUUCGAACACUAAAUAUUCAAACAAUUGUCAAUAGUUAUCGUGAAAAACUUGAACGAUGGCGGUUAGAUUCUCAUAAAGAAAUUGAUCGAUAUUUUGAAGAUAAAUGUCAAGAACUCGAACGACUUGUUGUGGAUAAAUUUGAUGAACAACACGAAGAACUUGGCAACUUACAAUCAAAACUUAGUGAACUCAUUCAAGAACAACAAGUAACUCGUGAUGACUUCUAUGAAUUAACAUUGAUAAGUGAACAACUCGAACAAGAUAUAAAUAAUAUUGAAGGAAAUUUUAUUCAACUUGAUGCUCGUCCAUUAAUAUUAGAUUUUACUUUAAUUAGUAUUAAAGGAAUCAAUGAACAAGACUAUGAUCUAUCAAUACUUUCGCCUGUUCAUAAAAGUAUUAAUCGUCCCGCUGGAAGCUAUGGAGCAUUGGCUUGUAAUAAUAAAUAUUUAUUAAUACAUCAAGCACCAAAUUUAUGUUUAGUUGAUCAAGAUUUAACAAUAAUUAAAAAUAUUCCAUGGCGUCACGGGACAAUUUAUGAUAUAUGUUGGUCGAUGGUGCUGAAUCUAUUUAUUGUUCUUGAUCAAAAACAUCUUUAUUUUGUCGAUGAAAAAACUAUGUCAAUUGAAAAAGUAUCAACAAUCGAAAAACGUAAAUGGCUAUCAUGUACGUGUUUUAAAGAAUUUCUUUUUCUAUCAACAAAUGAAUGGGGAUCAUCAAUAACAAAGAUUCUUUUGAAUUCGUCGAAAAAGCUCGACAAACAAUGGCAAUCACCUGAGAUAUGUAAAAAAGAUGAAUAUAUUGACGUUAUUACUGCUAAUAAUAAAAAAAUUGCUAUAAUUAUUCGAAAUAGUUCAAAGCAGACAGUACGUUUUGAAUUAAGAUCUCCAGAAACAUUAGAUAGAAUUUGGUCACUUAUACUCAAUGACGUGUGGAGCCCAAAUAAACCCUUUCACUGUUGUCCACUUAUUAACGACGAUUGGCUUGUGGCUGAUCACACGACCGGACGUUUAUUACAUAUAAGCAGAACAGGAUUAAUGAAAUCGGUACUACCGUAUAAUAGCAUGCCAUACUGUGUUGCUAGAUUUGGUAUAAAUACGCUGGCUGUAUCGGCAAAUGAUGGAAUUCAUUUUCAUAAUUUAAAUUAUAGAAAAACAUAUACUAUUUUUGUUGUUUGA